CGAAGCUCGCUCGCACCGGGCUUUUUCGCCCGGUGAUUGAUGUCCCAGAGUCAACAGUGAGCGAGCAGCCGGAGAGGGGAAAGAGAAGCCGGGGAGGGGAAGAAAACGACGCCCCCUCUCUCCCUCCCCUCCCCCCUACUUUAGCCCUUCUGCGCACUUUGCCUCCAAGUCUCCGCGCAGCCAGGAGCCGCUGUUGCCUCCGCGACCCUGCUCACUGCCCCCCGAGCCAAGCACAGCGAGCGGCGCCGCCCGGGCCCCCCCGUGGGGCCGGGGCCAGCAUGGAGCACCUGGGUCCCCACCAUCUCCACCCGGGCCACGCGGAGCCCAUCAGCUUUGGCAUCGACCAGAUCCUCAACAGCCCGGAUCAGGGCGGCUGCAUGGGGCCUGCCUCGCGCCUCCAGGACGGAGAAUACGGCCUUGGCUGUUUGGUCGGAGGCGCCUAUACUUACGGUGGCGGGAGCUCCGCGGCCGGGGCGGGGGCCGGGGGCGCGGGAGCCUACGGUGCUGGCGGUCCAGGCGGCCCCGGCGGCCCGGGCGGCCCAGCUGGCGGCGGCGGCGCCUGCAGCAUGGGUCCACUGGCCGGCUCCUACAACGUGAACAUGGCCUUGGCGGGCGGCCCCGGUCCUGGCGGCGGCGGGGGCGGCGGCAGCAGUGGCGGGGGAUCGCUGAGCGCCGCGGGGGUGAUCCGGGUGCCGGCGCACAGGCCGCUAGCCGGAGCCGUGGCCCACCCCCAGCCCCUGGCCACUGGCUUGCCCACCGUGCCCUCUGUGCCUGCCGUGCCGGGUGUCAACAACCUCACUGGCCUCACCUUCCCCUGGAUGGAGAGUAACCGCAGAUACACAAAGGACAGGUUCACAGGUCACCCCUAUCAGAACCGGACGCCCCCCAAGAAGAAGAAGCCGCGCACGUCCUUCACACGCCUGCAGAUCUGCGAGCUGGAGAAGCGCUUCCACCGCCAGAAGUACCUGGCCUCGGCCGAGCGUGCCGCCCUGGCCAAGGCGCUCAAAAUGACCGACGCGCAGGUCAAAACCUGGUUCCAGAACCGGCGGACAAAGUGGAGGUAAUGGCUUGUUCCUGGUGCAGACGGCAGACUGCGGAGGAGCGAGAGGCCGAGAGGCAGCAGGCGAACCGUAUCCUCCUGCAGCUGCAGCAGGAGGCCUUCCAGAAGAGCCUGGCGCAGCCGCUGCCCGCCGACCCACUGUGUGUGCACAACUCGUCGCUCUUCGCUCUGCAGAAUCUGCAGCCAUGGUCUGACGACUCAACUAAGAUCACUAGCGUCACGUCUGUGGCAUCGGCCUGCGAGUGAGCCUGCCCACUCUGCCCUGCAGAACCUCAGACCUAGUCAGGGGUCUUCAAGGCCUGAGAGCCAGGACUCUCCCCCACUCCUCCCCGCCUCGGACUGACUGCACGGGAGGGGAACACCGCCACUCUCACACAGCCUGCAUUCUCAAGCCUAAGCUUUUCUCUUUGGUGGAAGGGUGUUCAGGAUAGGGACCUGCAACGCCCUCCUAGACACCUAUGUGGUCCCACUCCCUCCUGGAACUGUCAGUCUUCUCAGUUUGCGUCGAUUUCAUUUUAAUUUUUAAUGUGGGACCAAGAGAGAGAGGUGAGGGAGGUGGGGGAGAAAGAGCUUCUGGGGUCCCCGGGGCUGCCAUCUGAACUUACCCUGAGAAACUCCCUCUCUGUGUCCCACUUCUCAUCAAACAUGGACACCCAUAGGCCCACACAAAGGCAAUGUCAUUGUCCCUCCUGGUGUCACCCAAGAACCACACAGGGAUUUAUGGCAGAGUGUCAUGCACACACAGAGUCAUAGCCUUCCCACCCUUGACCCUCACUAUCACACAUGGGCCGGGGUGACCCAUACUCAUUCAGAACGGCAUGGCACU